GAGCUCUGAUACACAGAAAAACACCAGCAAAUGUCCAAAAUAUAAUAAAUAUAACGUCAACUGUUACUGGUAAAAUGUUCAGUUAAUCAUAUCAACAUGUGUCAUGUGAACUGUGUUAUGGAGUAUACAGUGUAAGUGUACUUUUUCCUGAUCAAACAUACUGAAGGAACACCAACAACAACAAUAUGAAUCAUAAUUUAAGCAAAUUUGUAUCCUGAAGCAUAAAUAUUCGGAAUGAACAACUUCGUCUACCAGAGAAGAGAAUUAAGGAAAAGCGUGAUCACAGGAUGUUGAGAAGCCACUCCCUCUGCAGCCCUCCCUUGAGACUAUAGAAGAGACAAGCCACAGACUCAUUCAAACCAGCUACACACUGAGACAUUGAGGAAUUCACACAUACACACACAUGCACUCAUCAGCGUAGACUACUCCAGUACAGUAGGUUAUAAACACACACACACAUACACAGGGGCUUCCCUUGUGAAACCACUCUCACACAACUGUCUAUAUUUCUACCUCUUGCUUGCAAACUCACACAUAAACAACAGCUGGUAACAUGUUGCUGCCAAGAGCUUUGACCCUGUUCAUCUUGUGGGGUUGUGCCUCUUGUGUGAGGUAUCGGGCUGACUUCAACAUGAUGGAUAUCACUGGUUGGAUCAAAUUUGACUCCACGGAGCUGAUGUCCACUGUUAAUCUCACAGGAAACGGCACAUGCCGAUCAUUCAAUAUCUCCCUCACUACGUUCCCUGUUAUGUACGGCCAUUUUGCUUCACCCUGUCAAAAGUCACUCAUAGGAGACAGUGUUUUCACCUUUUCUGUAGAUCGGCCCCAGGCUGUGGUGAAUGUGUCCGCUCUGUUUGAACAGCACCUUAGUCUGGAUUCCCUCUCAGUGCUGGUUGAGACAUGUGGUGGCAUAAGGAUUUGUGCCGGACUCAUGUCGGAGUCCCAGGUCAGAACUUGGCAGGCACGAUUUUUCAGUCCCGUUGCUGGGAACAUCUACAUCCGGCAAGUGACAGGAGAAGCAGGGGCGAGGGUUCUCUCAGAUCUAAGAAAUGUCAAUCAGACCAGGACUUUUACAAAUGUCACAAUUUUGGUGUCACAAAGCUCUGCCACCAGCUGCGCUAUGCUUCUUGGUAGUCUGGAUCCCAAGAGUCUUACAAAGCUAGGCCUUCUGAAUGUGGGAUCAACUCUAGAACCCGCAAAGUCUCGGUUGGAAAUCUCCGCUCUCAGUUCUAGUGUACGCUUCGCCGUUCUCAGCUUUACCUCAAGCUAUGCAUGUGCAGAAAUCCGAAGUGUUGCAAUGAAGGUUGUUAGCUCUGUCCUGAACAUGCAAGGGAUUAAAGGCUACUUCACCUUUCAACAACCAUCUCCAUUUGAUCUCACCACCAUCACUGUUAACCUGACAAACCUGAACAGAAGAGUUGGGCCGUACCACGUUCAUCAGUUUCCUCUACCCCAGAUGACAUCUCCCUCGGAUAGCAGCUGUAGUAACAACAAUGUAGGGGGUCACUGGAACCCCUUCAAUGUGAAUGUUCAGGCACCGGCGUAUCCGCCACCAAGAGGGUCCACUCAUGAUCGCUUUGAGGUCGGAGAUCUGAGUGCCAGGCAUGGUUCUCUGGAGAAUACAAAUAACUUUCAGGCCACUUUCACAGACUGGAACCUACCUCUGUUUGGGCGGAAUAGCAUUGUGGGUCGAUCUGUCGUGAUACAUUUGCCCAAUACGACCAGAUUUGCCUGUGCAAGUAUAGGCUAUCCUGGCGAAGUGACUGUCGCCAAGGCGGACUUUCGUGGUCCGGUUGUGGGGAAGGUCCUGUUCACCCAGGUCAGUAGUGACCCAUAUUCUGAUGUCUCCGUGUUCAUGGACCUAUCUUACGGACAACUCUCUGCACCUUCUACAUUGAACCACAACUGGCACGUCCACAACUAUCCCAUCAGCACAGAGACCGACAGUGACAAUGCAUAUUGUCUGUCCACUGGAGGACACUGGAAUCCAUUCUACGUAGACACCACGGUGAGUGCAUACAGUGUUAACUGUGGUUCCGACAGCCCUUUUGCCUGUGAAGUUGGGGAUAUCUCUGGCAAGCACAGGACUUUGGACCUACAGUCUGAGAUCGGGACAGUGGCAACCAAGAACUUUUUUACUGACACAACCUCUUGGAUAUCUGGAAUUAUUGGUCGUUCUUUGGUGGUACAUGGUCCAAACCAAACAGCUCCACGUAUUGCUUGCGCAAACCUCACCUUGUUACGCUUUCCCUCUGCUCACUCGAUUUCCUGGCACGGGCCUGAAUCUUCUGAAGGUCAUGUCCAAUUCUCCCAAGUCUUUCCUCAAGGGCCAACAAUCCUAAAUAUCUCCUUCACUGGGCUUAACGCUAGAGCCGGUGGCUACCACGUCCAUAUUCUUCCAAUCAAGAGCGCACAGGAACCCUGCUCCGACAGUAACAUCAUGGGGCACUUCAACCCAUUUUCUGUGAACGCAUCUUUAUCUCCAGCUCCAGGGAUUGGCACGGUUGACCAGUAUGAGAUUGGAGACAUCAGUGGGAAGUUUGGAGGCCUGACGGGUCAGAACAACUUUCAAACCCAGUACAUGGAUGGUAAUAUGCCACUUUCAGGACCAAACAGCAUCAUUGGCCGGUCUCUGGUCAUACAUUACACCAAUGGCUCAAGAAUGAGGUGUGCAGAUAUCUCAGCAGAGGACACCCCAGAUGGAAAUUGGGUGACCGCUGAGGCCAUGUUCAGUGGAGCUGUAAAUGGGACAGUGAUGAUGUCCCAGCAGACCUUUCCAGAUGGCAGCUAUGGUGAUGUUAUGUUAGAGGUGGAUGUGCGGGCAUCGCAAUUAAAUUUUGCAGAGGCUUCCUGGUACAUUGCAGAUGAGCCAGUGGGGUCAGACGGUGCGUGUCCUGGGGAAGAUAAAAUGUAUAAUCCAUUUAACAUGACAAAUGCGAACAGCUGUUCUCAGGUGAGGGCUCUCUCCUGUUGGGUUGGAGAUCUGACGGGCAGACAUGGAUCCAUAAGUCUCACCAAGAGACAACUGUACAAUGACAUUGUGUUGCAGCUAUCCGGAGACUUCACAGUUGUCCAGAGGUCAUUAGUUCUCAGACUCAAUACCACCACAACCGCAUGUGCAGAUAUUCACCCAGAAUCCCCUUCUGCCACGCAGAUCUUCCCCAACAGGGCCUCCUUCAGCAGGUAUGAUUUCCGUAAGAGAGUGGCAGAUGCGCUAAACCUCCCCAUAUACAGAGUUUACAUCUUACCUGGAUCUCCUUCACAAAGGUCUGAUGUGAAAUGCCAGCAGGUCAAUUAUCUGGUGUCAGGUGAAGUGAGCCAAGAGAAGCUGAACUCAGUUAAGACCAGUGACAAGAUGGGUGUGUUCAAAGAAUCAAAGACGUGCACACCAAGUGGAAACGCAGGACUGAUGCUGGUCCCCUGCAGGAUGUUACUGUCUGUCAUGACGGCCGCAGUCUGUCUGCUCGGGUUACUGAGGCACUAGACCCUACAAUGAAAUCACAGCACUGCUUUCACUUCAAUACGUCAAUAAACCAGGGCAAGUUCGCCCCAAUGUUAGAAAGCCAUCAAAUUGUGGUUAGACCCCAUAUUGAAUUUAACACGGAUGAAAACAAGGCUGUGAGACUUAAAGUCUUUACCAUGCAUGGCACGCACUAUAAAGGCCCUAGAGAUCAUGUCAUUUUCACAAUUCACUUUCAAAACAGUUUUAUGGAGUUUUUAUCUACUGAAAGGUUUUUUUUUUUUUCCGGAAAGACAGAACAAUCGCUAGGCUAUGUUGUUAAACAGCAGUACAAUCCACAUACUUCUAUCUCUCACAGCCUAGUUUUCAUUUUUGUCAGUAAAUUAAAUAUACACUACCAUAAUUAAAGUCUAUACUGUAAAGAACAUUUCUCAUUUCUUCAUGUGCAUUAUAUACACCCAUAUCCAUUUAAGAAAAUGACAUGAUCAUGUUUCACAAACGUAUGGAACUUGCUGCUCUGCUCUUAAUGGUUUUUCAAAGUAAAUUCCAUUGUAAAUUUGUUGUAAAUUCAUUGUAAAUUAAUCAAAAGCCUAACUUAAUUCUGUAUUAUACUCCUUUAUUCCCAUGUUACUCUGGUUUCUAUUAUGUGUAUGUUUUGGAUGAUGCAAUCAGUUUGAAAAAAAAACACAGCUCUUGUUUUGAUGCAACACAGCUAUAUCAUUUGUUAUUUGAGAUUGUUUAAUUUUUUUUUUUAGUUUAGUUUAGUUUAGUGUGUUGUGAAUGUCUGGCAGGUGACUUAGUAAGAAUAAUUAAAAAUAUAUACUAUUCAAAA